UACACCGCGAAGCAGAUUGAAGAAUAUGGCGCAGGGUCAGUGACGGGAAAAGGACGCCAAGCAGCUGAAGGAAUAUAAUUCCGUGGAUAUUUCUGGUGAUCAUGCUGAAAUCCUGAUAUGAGAGUGUGAAAUGGUCUUAUUUCCGAAUUGCUGGAUAACUACCACUGCCCCAUUGAUGAAUAAGAGAACGGGUUUCAGGAAUACCUGCAACUGCAUUCAUAAACAUUUCUUUAGGACUCACAACCCCUGAGCUUUGUUUGAUUCACAAACGUCACAAUUUUUAUUUGAUUGGCUGGCAAACACAUGGGAAUAUGGAUAAGAAAAGUAAAAUGAAUAUCGAUAUACCACGGGGAAUUGAUAAACUACGAGAGGAACACAUGAAGGUGGUGAAAGACUGUGAUGGUCAAAUUCAGCACUGGAAGAAGGUAGAGGGAGACUACGAUGCCCUGGAAGAACGCCUCCGAACCCUCCCGGACAAGCUGUCCUAUGACAUCAUGGUGCCGUUCGGCCCUCUGGCCUUCAUGCCGGGGAAGAUGGUCCACACCAACGAGAUCACAGUUCUGCUAGGAGACAACUGGUUUGCCAAGUGUUCUGCCAAGCAGGCCCAGGAGAUAGUGGGGCACAGAAAACAACAUGUGAAGAGUGCCGUGGAUGACUUGCAAAAGACAAGGAAGAACUUUGAGGCCAGAGUUAGUUUCACACAGGACCUGGGGAAACUGUCUGAGGGUAAAGGGGACUAUGUUGACAUCAGAGAAGAGGUUGAAAACAAGGAGAAAAUAAUCGUCUCCAAAGGAAAGCAGCGAGUGGCCCUCAAGCCCCACUCCAAGCCCAAGCUAGAGGCUGUUGUGGACCUGGAGGAGGAGGAGGGAGAGGAGGAGGAGGAGGAUGGGAGUGGUAGAGGUGGAGAUGGAGGGAGCAGGAAAGGAGUUCUGUCCGAGGAGGAGCUGUGGGCUAAACUAGACGAGCUGGAGAAACAGGAGGAAGAGCAGGACGAGCAGGACAGGUCGGGAAGUGCAGUAACCAACGGUGACGACUCCUCUUCCUCUGAGGAAGAAAAGGAGAGCGAGGGGGGCCAACGUGAGAAGGGACUGGGUCAGGGCGAGGGCGGGAAACCAGCCCCUCCCAGCUCCCAGGUCAACGGGGUCACACGGCCCGCAGCCAGGGGCGAGGAGAAGGACGAGAAGGACGAGGAGGACGAGGAGGGCAGCCGACUGCCCACCAUCUAUUUCUCUCACACGGUGGAACCCAAGAAGGUGAGGAUAAACACAGGGAAGAACACGACCCUGAAGUUCAGCGAGAGGAAAGAACAGAAGGAGCAGGCGAAGAGGAGGAGGAAGAACAGCGGCGGCAGCAACGGCCACUCUCACCACGAGCACCACAAGAUCACCUCGCCCACAGACGUGUACAGGUUGUUCGUGGACGUGAAGAACGGCGAGCUGAUCCCCAGGAAGUCCAUCCUGAAGUCCCGCAGCCGCGAGAACAGCGUGUGCAGCGACACGAGCGAGAGCAGCGCCGCCGACCUGGAGGAGCGCCGCACGCUGCUCCGCUCGCAGAGCCACGACGACGUCACCACGCACAGCGACACCAGCGACGGCGUCACUGAGGAGGACAGCCCCACCGCGGGGGGCCACGCCUGCCACUUUGAGGCCUUCUCAGGCACGGUGGUGGAGAAGGAUCCUCUUCCCUCCACCCCCCACCUUACCCUGGCCCCCCCAGCCCUGCCCACCAUCCCAGAGAGACGGCUGGAGGAGGUGGGCCCCGAGGCCCCCCAGGAGCCCCCCAAAAGGGUGUCCAAGUUCAAAGCUUCGCGGCUGCAGCAUAAGUGAUCCAAAGAGCCGGGCUCUAGGACCAAGGGUCCUUUUUUAAUCUCUUUUUCUACUCUUGUUGACGACCCUUAGCUGGACAUACCGUGCCCCCACCAAGUUCUGCUUCAGUUCACUGGGCUUCUUAUACAGCAUCCUGUCAUAGUCUAUGGUAGCCUUGUUUAAGAAAGUAAUUCAUGAGAUUAACUUCCUGCCUCCUAAGGAAUGACAUCUAUUAAUCAUGCUCUGAAGAGUAGAAGUUACAGUUCUCUUAUACUGUGUACAGCCUGACCCCACUCCAAAACACCACCACUAUGUAAAAAAGUUGUUUAUUUAGCUUAUCUAGUCAGUAAGCAACUUACUGACUAACUCUUUAGUCAACUAGAUGCUCAUGUAUUUCUUGGUGUGAAGGUGUGUUCCAUCUGUGUGUCUGUUAAUAUUCUCCUUAACCAGGCCAGUGAAAUCUGCUCCCAUUUGAGACUACAUCCUUUACUUUCAUGAAAUCUUUGCCUUUAUUCUUUUCUAAGAUGAUUAUCUGGGCAGGCGCUGACUGGCUAGCUAUGGUCCCUAGCUCCUGUCCCUUUGCCUAUUGAAUGUAUGUCUUCCUUACUGACCAGCUUUAUGUAAAAAAAAAAAAUUAUAAUAAUUAUAUUGACGUCAACUGUAUGGAAAAUAAACAGUUUUGGCCAA